CCCCGCGGGUGCAGUGGUCCGUCCCGCCUGUGUCGCAUCGCAGAUGGCAGCCGGGGUAAACAAAUUAUAAAUAUUACAUGUGGUCCAUCGAUCCCGCCUCCAGGCUGCAACAGGCGCGCGACACCGGCCCGAGCGGGGCUGAACACACCCCUAUAUCACACUCCACACAGCCGUGGCACACUCACACACACGCCAAACUUUCCCGCCAGCAGAAGUAACCAAAACUCUCCGUCCCAGCCAUGGAGUACCCGUACCUGAACACGUCCCUGUACGACUCGUGCAUGAGCAACAUCGACCCUUCCAUCACCAGCUCGUACCCGGACUUCUCCUCCUGCACGCAGCUGCAGGGCUCGCAGGGGUACCAGUACUCCCCGAUCAGGAACCACUCCUUCCCGACCACCUGUCCGCCCGGCCCCGCCGCCGCCAACUGCACGCUACCGUCGAUGCGGGACCCGCACCACCAGCCGACUCCGUACACACCAGCUGAUGCUUACGGCAGUCUGUGGAACACCUCUAAGGUCGGCGCGCUCAAAGACGAGAGGCACGACUAUAUCACAGUAGCUCAGUACAAGUUGUUCCACGACGGUCCGCCCGGCCUGCACGAGAAGAGGAAACAGCGCCGCAUCAGAACAACUUUCACUUCGGCACAGCUCAAGGAGCUGGAGCGCGUCUUCGCGGAGACUCACUACCCGGACAUCUACACGCGCGAGGAGCUGGCGCUCAAGAUAGACCUGACGGAGGCGAGAGUACAGACGCCCUACCCAGACAUCUACACACGGGAGGAGCUGGCGUUCAAGAAAACCUGA